GGGGCCAUGGGGCGGCGCUGGGACCCGGCCUUGGCGGCGGGCGAGCAGGCGGGCUGCGUGGUGAGCGCCCGCGGCGCGGAGCGGCCUGGGGCUGAGGCCGAAGGCCCGUGGAGCUGCAGCGGGGUGCUGCUGAGCCGGCGCGCCGGUCUCGUGCUGUGCCACGGGGGCAUCGUGGCGCCCUUCCUGCGCAUGGGCGCCGCGGCCCUGCAGCCGGGGGCCGGGCCGCCCUUCUUGGGCGCAGACAGCUGCCGCGACGACCUGCGGCUGCACGUGCAGUGGGGGCCGGGCCGUGGGCCGGGCGCGCAGGCCGGGCCGCGGGGAGCGCUGUGCACACCGCCCUGCAGCGUCCGGCCAGCGCCCCGCGGCCCGGCCCGCGCCCGCCUGCUUCUGCUAGUCUGCUGUCCGACCUUCCGCUCCAGCUUCGCGCGCCUCUUCGGCGGCGAGGCGGCCGAGCAGUGGCGCUUCGCGGGCGGCAGCACCGAGCCACCCGCGCCCCCGCAGGAGGCCGAGGCCGAGGCUGACGAGGGGCCGCUACUGGCGGCGCUCGGCUGGUUCGCGCUACUGCGCGUGGAGGGCCGCGCCGAGGCGUCGAAGGGCCCGCGGCUGUCGGUGGCCGCAGCCGCCUCGCUGCCCAAGGGCGCCCCGCUGCUGGCCUGCGGCUCGCCGUUCGGAGCUUUCUGCCCGGACAUCUUCCUGAACAGCCUGAGCCGCGGCGUGCUCAGCAACGCGGCCGGCCCGCUGCUGCUCACCGACGCGCGCUGCCUGCCAGGCACCGAGGGCGCCGGCGUCUUCUCGGCCGACGGCGAGCUCGUGGCGCUCGUGGCGGCGCCGCUCUGCUGGCGGGCCCGCGAGUGGGUGGGCCUGAGCCUGCUGUGCGCCGCCGACGCGCUCCUCCGUGCCGCGGCCCACGCGCUGGGCCGCCUGGGCAGCCAGGCGGACGCCCGCCUGCUGGCCGCGCUCCUGCCCCCCGACGGCGGGGAUCCCGCCGCCGCGCCCACGGAACACUCGGCUGCGUGGGUCGCUGCCGUCCUGGUGGAGUGUGGGUCCGUGUGGGGCUCCGGAGUGGCACUGGCCCCGCGUCUCGUGCUCACCUGCCGUCAUGUGGCCCCCCGGGAGGCCAAGAGGGUCCUGGUGCGGCCUGCCACCCCCAAGAGUUCUCCGGUCUGGGGCAAAGUGGUAUUUGCUACCCAGGAUACAUCUCCCUAUGAUGUGGCGGUGGUGAAGCUGGAGGAAAACCUAAAAGGCAUUCCAUUUCCUGUCUUGGCCAGCCACUUCCAUGAAGGUGAGGAUGUGCAGGUGGUCGGCUUUGGGGCCUUUGGCCAGACGUGCGGUCCCUCGGUGACCUCAGGCAUCCUAUCUGCCGUGGUGGAGGUGAAUGAUGCGCCUGUCAUGCUGCAGACGACGUGUGCUGUGCAUGGGGGCUCCAGUGGGGGGCCUCUCUUCACCGGCUCCGGGGAGCUCCUUGGGAUUGUCACCAGCAACACCAGAGACAACAGCACAGGGGCCACCUAUCCGCACCUGAACUUCAGCAUCCCCAUCACUGCGCUAGAGCCAGCCCUGGAUCAGUACAGGCGCACUGGGGACCUGCAGCCCCUCCAGGAGCUGGACCGGCCUGGCGAGCAGGUCAGGGUGGUAUGGCGGUUGCAGAGGGUCCCGGCUGAGCCCCCCCGGAGCAAGCUCUGACCCCUGCACGGGGCACUGCCAGACUCCUGGUGGGUGGAUGGUGGCCCAGCGACCCCCCGGGCCACAGCCUGAUGGAAUGGACACAGGCACAGAUCACCUUGGAAGUUAUCAGCCAGGGAUCCCACCCACUUGUCUGCUCCUGCCCUCAGGGUGGGUGCUCCCUGCAGUCUGGCUGCCUUAGGAGGCAUCUUGUUUGACCCCUUUCCAACAUUCCUGACAAGUGUUCAUCCAGCCUAAGCCUGAGGAGAGCUGGCGAAGAUGGCCCUUUAUAGUAGUGGUGAUGGUGGUGGGGCAGCUCAGACAGGAGGAAAAUGAGAAUAAAAAAGCCCUGGUGUGUAAA